AGCUGUGCGACGGAGAGGGGGGCGUGUUGAUCCAUGUUACUUUCCACGCUGGUCUUUUUCUUUUUUUUUUUUAAAGAAGAAAAUAUAACUGUUAAAUAAAGGCAUCCGAUUUCGUAGCUGCAACCACUUCAUGCAUUGGAGUUUAGGCUGUUGUAACACCUUCCGAUGAAUUGCACCAGGUAGGAAAGUUAACUGCGACACCGCCUUACGUUUUUGACAUGGAGAUAGCCGACUAACGGGUCCUUCACAUCCUGAACCCCAGACCGCUCCCGGGCCCGAUCAUGCCAGUAGACGUAGCCAUGAGGAUCUGCCUGGCACAUUCCCCUCCGCUGAGGGGCUUCCUGAGCUCUUACGACGACUGCAGAGGGAGAAGCUUGGGGAGCAGAUACAAACCGCUGAGACCCUGUAUCAGCUCGAAGCAAGAGCCACAGGCAGCCAGCCUGGAGUGGAAGAGUCCCAAGGCCAAGGCCAAAAAGCGCGUGGUGUUCGCGGACUCGAAAGGCCUGGCGCUCACCGCGGUGCACGUGUUCUCGGAGUUCGAAGAGGACGCCAUGCAGGAGCUGCAGUUCGAUCUGGCCGACCUGGAAGAUGCCGCGGCGGGUCUGAAGCUGGGCAAGGAGAGCAGCUUGGCUCUGGAUUUCCUGCAGCCCUCCGCUGACUACCUGGAUUUCCGGAACCGGCUGAAGAAGAAUUUUGUGUGUCUCGAAAAUUGCUCUCUCCAGGAGAGGUCGCUGGCGGGCACCGUGAAGGUGAGAAACGUAAGUUACGAGAAAUCUGUCCACAUACGCAUUACCUUUGACACGUGGAAAGGCUACACGGACGUCGAGUGUACCUUUCUGAACAAUGUUUACGGCUGCUCGGACACCGAUACCUUUUCCUUUGUCAUUGAUCUGCCCGACUACGUGCCCCCUCAUGAGCGAGUUGAAUUCUGCGUCUCUUUCACAAGCCGAGACCAGACUUACUGGGACAAUAAUGAUGGAAAGAACUAUAGGCUGGUCUUCACCGAGUGGAAAUGUGAUGGUGUUCAGGCCCCUCCUUCUAACCGGAAUAAAACUUCGGAUUAUAAAAGCCAUGGCAGUCUGCAGGAGAUGGAGUUUGAUCAGUUCGGCAGUCCUCGAACAUCGAGUGGACUCUUCCCUGAGUGGCAGAGCUGGGGCCAAAUCGAGAACACCGCCCCCUAUUGGUGACUUCCAGACUCACUUAGAAAAAUGCACAGGAGCUCUGAUUUCCUUAAGCAGUGCUAGAGCUGUGGGGGAAGAAAUGUCUUUAGAAAGCUUGGAGACUAAUCAUUUAUACUCUACAUGGGCCCAGAGUCAAAAGUUGGAAGCACUGCUUUUUUAAAAGGAUCUGCUACAGUAGAACAGAGGGACCAUCCUAGUCUUUUGCUUCUUCCUUAGAUUUGGCAAAGACUGUCUUCAGCAUUGUGAGCUUUAGGAUGUAAAUCCUGGUUAAACAUUUUUGCUAAUCCAAAAAUGGAGAGGUCCAAAUGGGAGUGUACAUGUGUAUAUUAUUUGUGUGCAUUUUGGGAUGAGGGUAAUGCUACUGACUCAACUUAUUAUUAAAUACAGUGCCUCAGCAUUGCGCUCUUAGAAUUUCUGUAGUCAUGCUUUUCUAAUGUGGUUACAUCCCAAAUCACUUUGGGCAACAGACAUAAUCAUUACAAUUAAGAAGUGUGGACAAGCCUUCAUGUUUUGUUGAUGAGAUUUAUGAAAUCAGAAUCAGAAAUCAGUAAUCAGAACUACACGUUGAACACUAAAAAGCAUCUGGCUGUGGUACUGAUGAUUUGUGUAGGGCUCAGAAACACUGCUUGGACAGUGUAGAAAAGAUAUGAUUAAAGUAAGUAACACUUUUUGACAUUUAAUGUUUAAGUCUCUUCCUUCUGGUCACUUUUCAUUGGUUGGAAUAUGAGCUUUGAGAUUUAAAUUUACUGUUUAUUGCCUCAUAGAGGCAUGGAGGAGAUAAAAUGAAGUACUGAAAUGUUACUAGCCCUACCAAAAUAGUGACUUUUACAUUGAAGGAUGCAGUUUAUUUGUCCAUUGUGAAUAUUUUAGUGUACUUAAAUACUUGCUUAAGUUUUUUUUCAGAUGUCCUGAAAUUUAUUUUCAGAUUCAAAUUUAAGAUGUUUGAUCCCUGAUAUUCAAAUUGAAAUGCACUUUUGCAACUCCAGAAAUCAUAAAGUAAUAUUACUAGAUCACAACACUAGUCUAUUAAGACUUGAAUUGUAUAGACUAUGUUGAUACUUCAGAUAUCACUAGCAAAGACAGAAGAAACAGUCUUUGAGAAAAUGAAAAAGGUGUGAUUUUUUUUUUACACUUCAGAUUUUUGUGUAGGGAAGUGCCUUUUGCUGCUGUUGGAUUCCAAAAUGCUGUGUCUUGACAGAUCUACGAUCAAUGCAUCCAUUUGAACUAAGCCUAAAAAUGCACUUCUUAAUUAGUUUUAUUAAUAAUUAUUAUAGUAAUUGCCACCACUUGUUUUAUGUUUUAUUCACCACCUGAAUGUCAUGCUGUUCUAAAUUCAGUGUUGAACAGUUUGCACUGACUGAAAGAAGAAGCCUUUGAAAUCUGUUAAUGUGAGAGUGUUUUAACUGGUACAAAGAUGAAGUCCUUCAUAUUGAAGGUGUUUAAUGUCACGGUACCUUCCAACUAACUACUUUCAGAAAAGAGAUGGUGACUACCCAGUAAACAAUUAGGCUAGAUAUGAGUAACAUGUCUUCCUUUCUUGCACAUAUUGUACAUGUCGCCUGUAUUUUGUAUAACUUUUUUGAAAGAUUAUACUGCAUAAGCAAGUAAUACACCUAGUGAGUUUCUUGUCUAUAUAAUAUUUUUGCUGCUAUGUUCGUUAUAUGUGCUGCUUUUCUCUGUGCUGCCUUCAUGAAGUCCGUGCUGUAUGAUUUAUAGCAUAUUCUCCUGUGUGACAUGGAGGGGUGAUAUUAGAACUGAGGUGGGAUGUUAUUUAUGAGGUGUCUGAGUAAGUAAAGAAUUUGGGAAAGAGUUUGUGGAUGAAAAGGCCUGAAGGGAAGUGUGUGAUAAUGGACCUGUGUUGCCUUUAUUUGUGUUUUUGUUUUAUUUCUUCCGUUUUAAGAAAUACAGGUCAUUGUUGUUGACAGAGGUGUAGGUGCCUGAUUUGUUUUCAGAACGUUUGUGCUGUCUGAGCUACUGUUUUUGUUUUCCAGAAGUGCAAUGUCGAGGUGAGUGUUGAGGGGUGAAGCAUCGAUUGUAUGUGUCUGACACCCAAAUAUUUUUCUACUGUAAAAUAUUGAUGUGACAGAGCUGUUCUAUCUCCUAUGUUCCUUUUAGAAAUAAAUUUUUAUAUUAUGUAAGGA